AUGGCUUCUGAAGGGGUGACGAUUCAGUCUGAAACCAGGCUUCGGGAUGCGAAAUGUCUCGUCGAGAACAUCGUGGGGACAAUAGAGGGAAUGAAAAAGCAGAAAGAUGGGCCGGAGCAAGACGACGACACUUGGAUCCUCAGAGCGUACAAUGAGAUAGCGGCCAUCUAUGGUCUACUUGGGAUGACGCAGCAAGAAAAGGAAAUGUCCGAGAAUCUUUUGCUCAAGAUGGAGGAAAGGCGAGGACCCGAUGACUUAGAGACUAUGUUCAUUGUCCAGCGAGAGGCCCUUCGGUACUGGGAAUGGGGCAAUCUCAAGGAUGCAGUCUUGCUUUUUGAACGUGCUCAAGAGGGUCAAUCAAAAAUGUUUGGAGAGGACAGCAUCCAUGUCAUCAAAAAUACCCUGUGUCUUGCCGCCACUUCUAUGGCACUUUCAUUGAAAUAUGCCGGUGAAGGAAGGGAUGAUUUGAGGAUUGAAAAACUUCUGCAGAGCACCAAAGCCUCAAAACGGGUGGAAGCUUGGGAGAAAAAGCAGCUAAGUGGUGAUCUUUUUCAAGUGCCAGAUGCCUUCUUCUUGUUCCAAGCCACUCGACAGAUGGUACAGGGCAUGCUUCGAAAGACAUUCGAAAGCGGACUUAUUCACCGAAGUGUCAUUCCCAAAGAAUAUUUCAAUUAG